CGUAGACAGAGUUAGUAGGGGGACACGUAUAUACUUCGAUCGCUGGUCCGUACGUACGAUGGCCUGGUGCGCCAAAGGAAGAGGUAAUCGCGAGUUAGAGGGUGGAUAUCUUCUCAGUGACUCUGAUUCUGAAGAAGAAGGCCUCGUCGACGACGACUCCAUGAACGAUACCGAUCCUCCGCUCGACUCCGAACUUGAACUGGACCCUGCAGAUGAGGAACUGCACCAUGAACCUGAAGAAGAUGAGUCGCCCCCGGAACUGGACGAUCAGCCGACGAAGCGACGUCGAGUGGAAGAGCCACCUUCGGGUCCCGUGAACCAGGGGUGUCGUUCAACACCUCGUGCUCCAAAAACAAGGGCUAUUGUCUGCUGGGCAUACUCCUGUUAUUCGGAGGAACGUUUUUUCUCAGCCAAAGACCCUUAAUAUGGACUCAGGAAAGAAGGAUGGUGAUGAGUCGCUCUCUUCAGUGCUUGGCAAUGAAAGGCUCGACAAGACAGAAUCAAAACUUGAAUCUAUGGAGCGGAAACUCAAUACACCUUCCUCUUCCAGUGCUGGGUCUGGGACGGAUAACAGGAAGGUCCCAACAAUUGUCAGGACCGAGACCAGGAAGAUUUACAAGACUUUGCUUGAUGGUGACGAAUUCACUGGGUUUGAUCUUUCCCCUGGCUGCUGCCUACACUUAUUACAAAAGCCUCUGUCAAGAUGAGACACAGAAAAGAAAGGGCAUCUAUGCUAAAAGGAAAACGCAGUGCCGUCGCCGAGAAAGGGUCGUCAGGAGACGUGCCGAGAGGGAGGCACAGUUUAACAAAAUGUCAUUCAGUGAAGCUGACCGGGUGAAAUGGAGGAAGAUUUUCGUCACCGAAUUCAUGUCGAGUGAUGAGAGUGGAGAAGAAGAUGGGCGUGCUGUUUUUAUGGUGAAAAAGCUUCGCUGGAGGAGUGAGAGGGUGUCCAGCUUUUUUGAACGACUCGACACUGCCCGUGCAUCCCGAAAGACCGAACAAGCGAGUCGUCAAACAAAGCCACGCAUAUACAGUGAUUUAAUCUCAUCAAGACCUGCUCCCGUGGGUUUCCCAGCUGGGCAGUGAUCCAGCAGUGAACAUACUGAACAAUGGAUGAUUGCAUUCUUUUGCUGUUAAUUCGUCGUUGAAAGGUCAUGUAUAAUCAUGUGAAUUGACAGGGAUAUGUGAUGCGCAAGAUGAUCUGAUAGAUCAUGGACACAUUUAGGAUAGUCGUAAAGAUAUGUGAUGUGUCAACACAAUGCAAAGUUAUUAUAGGUGGUCUGCAUUAGAUAUGAAAGGUCAAGGUUAGGUCUUCUGCUAACUACCUGUCAAGUACCUGGCACUUAGCCCUAUCCACUACUGGUCAGGUGGCAGGAAAUGUCUUCUAUCUGGUAGUGCA